UCAGAUGACAGGAAUUAAGUCAAAGCUAGAGUAUUUGAACUCAAAUGGGAAAUCCUCUUGUUAGAAUGGGGUUCUCUAGAGUAAGAAAUCUUUUGCCAAUCAGAAGUGAAAGGAGAAAAAGAAAAGUCCUUUUUUCAUUUUAAGUAAAUCGAUUCUGUAAAUGAGUAAUUUCCUCAUCCAGUAACUUCGUGUAAUUCAAUUAACGUCGGCAAUUUCACUUAAGACCAUUAAAUCACUCUCAGCACCCCGUGCGCUACUGUCUUUACCUGAAGGGAACAAGACUUUUUAGUUGAGUGGCCAGCGGGGCAUAAUGUGAUUAUGCAAAUGCCAUUUCUCAACGGGGGCUAUGAGCAUCAUCGCUUUUCCUCUUGCCCUGCAAGUAGUGCGGGGGGGAAAAACAGGCAAGCAUAGGGAGACUGAGUCAGCUCUCAAGAGUUUUUUGCUGCUCUCUGAACGGCGCUGCUGCACGUACAUAUGUGCGUGGGUUGUCGUUAGCGCUGCAGUAUUUCUUGCUGCGUUGAUGAAAAAUCUUUUCUCCGACGCCAUGUUGUGAGCGUCGUUUUGGAUGGAUAAUUUUAAGUGUGGUUCGUGUGUCUUUGUCCCCGCGGAUAUCAGGAAUGAAAAUUUAAAGGUGUGAAUGCAGUAGAAUACAGCCAUGCCGUAGCCAAUCUGUCCUCCCUUGUCUGUGGGUGUCUGUCUAUGUGUGUGCCCAACUAUGCCAGCUAUCAACAGUGACCACAAGUGGGACGUGUCAGGGAAGGGGACGGGCGUGGCUUGCCUGCCCCCUCCUACUAGAUCCCUUCCGAGCAGUCCACCAAGAAUCGAGCAUCUCGAGCGUAUGAGUUUGUCUGCGAUGCUUGGAGAGUACCACCAAGACGAGAUGCAAGGAGACCUGCUCAUGACCUCUUCUUUGCCGAGCUAUCCUCUGUCGAGCUUCCGAGCGACGGGGGAGUCGAUGGAGAUGACCAAUGACCUGCUGGACUUGACCAAGCCCCUGCCUUGGGACCGGCUGAAGCGAGGCGCGUCCACCAUGAGCCUGGACAGUCUCAACGAGAACUACAUGGAGUCCGUGCCGGGCGAGAUGGCCGUGCUCGAAGAUCAAGACAAGACGCCAGUAGCCACCUGCACCUGUGGGAAGACCACCAACUUUGAGUGUUGGGUUCACCGGGUGCCCUUUGGAGGAGCUGGGGAGCUGACGGAAGAGAUCAGUCAAACAUGUCUGCAGCUUGUGAGGGAGCUGCGAUCAGAGCCGUCAGGCUGCGAUGGCCUCGUUCAUGAACCGUCCAACGAAAACAAACCACAUGACUUUGGAGAGUCUGACCUCCGUAUGAAGUAUUCCCCACCGACUAAUCAUGUCAGAGUUUCCGUUGACACCCCAUGCAGCUGGAAGAGGGAGAGGUCAUUCAGUGGUGAUCAGCUUGGGGCUGAUUUUGACACCCCUAGCUCCAAGUCGUCAGGGAGUCUCGCAUCUGCACCAUCUGUGCAGAGAUCUGAGCUGUCCUCCAGCCCUGACAGCUACGACCUGCUCUACAAGAGCUUUGAGGUGGCUGUGGAGAUGGACAGGCUGCAGUUAGAACGCGGCCAGAGCGAAGGGAGCUCAGUUGGCUCCUCCCUGGAGAGUCUGAAUCGCACCUCACCAAAACUCCAGAAGGUACUCGUCCAGAAGCGGCGCAGCAGUCCGGAUGGGUCUGGGGAAAGCCCCGCCGAUAUCACCAGCUGUGACUCAAUCACGGGCAGCAACAAAAAUCUGAUACUUUCCCCAGGACGACAGGGCAACCUUCAACCAAUGACAGUGGAUAAAUAUCAAUAUGAGGUCACACAUCUUGAAGACUCGUAUCCUGUUGAAGAUUCAUCUCAAAAGGUGACAUUUGCAUCACUCGCAAAGAAGAAGAAGAAACCUGAAGUCACCACCCCACAAGCAGUACCCUCAGAGGCCACCCACUGGACUGAGCUUGUGACGUCGACAACUCCAAAAGAGGCGCCAAAGUCGUUGCCCUGCAAAAUCCCAGUUAGUUCUUCCAAAUCUGAGGUAGUGAAUAAACUCAAGAGGCCUCACUCCCUUCCCAUCCAGCUGAGGCACAUUCAGAAGCCAUCAAGCAGACCCCAGCAGACCCCUGAGCAGAGCCAAGGGGUUGCUGGAGGGGCAACUGUUGGUGUCAAGGGGGUCACAAGGACCCUGAGUGCGCCUGAAGGAUUCGGAUGCAGUUUUCCUAGAUCAGCCGGGUCUGGACAGGAUUCAUCUCUGUCUAAAACCACUUCUUGGGUCCUUCCUGCUGCCUCCCAGAGCACCAGCGGUCUCUCGCUGUUGACACGAAAGCGACCCUACAACUCUCAUAGCCUCACAACACCACAGUAUGAUCCGUCAGCAAACUGUGAGGGGAAUGGAAACCCAAAGAUGGCCGCUGGUAGUCCAUUGAUCAACAGCAGCAUACACAUUGGUGCGCACGGAACCAGAGACUUGAGUUAUCAUUUAAAUUGUGGUGAUAACGCACAGAUGCCAGAGCGAGCAACAAGGGCCCGCAUCCUGGCAAUGGACAUCAAUGCCAACUUUACUGAACCCCAGGAACUGGAUAUGUUCAUCCCUGAACACCACCACUUCAUCCCCCAGGAAACAACGUCGGAAACUGGAGACCUCCAUGGGGGAAGCCCAGCGUCCAGACCUCUCAGCCUUCUCCAGGACAGGUUGCAUUUCAGGUCUAACAUUGGGGCCGAAUCUUCCUCUGAUUGGGUCCCAGGGCCGAGGAGCUCUUGGUUAGACGUGAGCCGGAGAAAGUUGAUGCCACCGAGAACUCUGGACUUCAUGCAAGAGGAGGUUGGGUCACUCCAGAAGAAGGAGCAGGAGCCUCAGACUUGCUCCCGAGGCUGCAGCACAGACAGCCCUCCGGCGAUGGACCCUACAAGCUUCCUGAAGAUGCAUCUAAAGAUUUACAAGGAGGAAGAUUUGAAAACCAAAGAGCAAGCCAAAGAGUGCAGAGACAUUGGGGUGAGCACAGAUGAAUCAUUAAGUGGAGUAUUCCAGAAGGACAGUAUCUGUCCCUGUGCUAGAAACUGUUGCCAUGUUGCUAACACCAGCCAGUCAACUCUGACUAUGGGAUCAGAUGAUCAGAACAGCCACUCAGACGUGCCUGAAAGGUCUUGCCCAGAUCCUGUAGAUCGCACUGAAAGCAAGAGUAUCUUGAGAAUUACUGACGAUGGAUCCGUAGAUGAAAUUAAGAAGGUGGUACCACGUCAGGAUUUCAAAGGAGGGAGAGAAGUGGACAAACAAACCUCAGAAAAGAAGACUGCGAGUGUCAGGGAAUCUAAAUCAAGGAGCAAAAAGCCAAAAGAGAGGAAGGGGAAGGACAUAGCCCACGGAGAUGACCGCAAGGAGACAAGCGUCCAAUCCUGGCGGGUGGGCGGCAAGGGGAGACGUGGAAGCCGGACAAUCGUCACAUGUGAGGAGUCGCACGUCGCGGACGCCCUGACCAAUAGGGUGGUCAGGAUCCAGAACGUCGGAGCCUCAACACUGCCUUCCUCUACCGACAAGAAGUACAUCCGCCAUCAGCCCCUGAAGCCCAUACAUCAGGUAGACGAGGAACAUCGGCAGCGAAAAGGUUGGCAUGAUAUUGUUCGUGUUGGCUGUGGUAUUCGUGAUGGUGGUGUCAAGUUCCUGCAGAAGCUGUACAGUAAAGCUAACCAGCUGGCUGGCCCUCUGCCACCGACAGUCACCGCCUGGCCGGCCUCCAUGCACUCCCGGGCCGAGCGAGUCCACUCCCUCCCGGCGAACCUCAACCAGUACCGCGGCAGCCAAUCACAGUCCACCGUCAACCCAGUUAACCAAUCACAGGCCCCGUCGGGUCGUUUGAGCUCGGGCGGUGAACCAAUCAAGCGCAUCCUCUCGUGGGACUCCGGGGCGGCGAGACGUGGCGGUGAUGACUUCCAGCCCGAGGCGAAUGGCGCCAGCUUGAAACAGCGCCCUCUGAGUCUGGAUGUGUCCAGUCACUAUGACGUCAGUGCCGACUGCCUGCCUCCUCAGGAGAUGCAAGUUUCUCCCCGCGAGGCUGAAGAUGAGGUUAAUUUGGUACAGAAGAAAGCUCUUGUGACGUCAAUAGAGUGCGCUGUUGAACACAUACUCAGCCACUUCGGCCAAGCAAGGACAAAGACUUUGGAAGAAAAGGGUCGCCUGGGCAGCACCGCUCACAGUCCGGACAUUGGCCAUCUGAUGCUUCACUACUUGUGUCCAGCCAUCCGAGCCUUACUGCAGGACGGACUACGGCCACAUGUGACCAGCUUCUUUGUGGGACGUUUGAAGACAACGCUGUGGGGCGUUGUGGAGACAACAGCUCAGCUUGGUCCAGGCACCAGGCCCCUACACGAGCUCGUCAGGCACCUAUCCCAGCAGACUUACCUGAAGACGUCAGACUUGAGAGUCAAUGCAUUCAUCAUGGGACUCCUCAACAUCCGAUGUCUGGAGCUGUGGCUUGAGCACAUCAGGGACCAUCCAGAUAUAGUCAGGAGCCUUUACGAGCCCAACGCGUUCCUGAGUCUCUGCAACGGCGCCACCAAAGCCUUCUUUGACCAGCUCUUGGUUGCCGUUCAACCACUCACGCUUCUCCCCUUUGAUCUGGACUACAAGUUUGAGCACCAGCGAUUGGUGCAUCAGCUCAACCAGCAGAGGCAGAAGGAGCAGUUGAUGGAUCAGUACGCCAACAAGGCCAGCAAUGCUGUCCUGACACAGACCCAUGCCUCAGCGGGAGGGAGUUGGCUCAGGGGAACAGCCAGCUUGCUCUGGAGGAACCGGGAGGGGGCGCAGAAGCCAGAAGAGCCCUCUCCAACUGGAACAGUGACCUCAUCAUCGCUUGGGUUUCUGAAAAGCCUGAAAGGACAGAGGUCGGUCGAGAGAACUAAAAAUAGUCGGUCCUCAGAACAACCUGUUCCCGGGAUGUGGAAGACCGACGAAAAUGCCACCCCUACCCAGGGAGUGGAGCAAACCAGAGACCUAGUUACCAAUAAAGAGGCGGCCAGCAAUUGGUCCCUUGAUUGGAUCAAAGGAUUUGUGGCAGCCUCAAAGGAAGCAACCACUACUACUGUAGGGGUGAGCAGUACCAAGACGAUGACAUCGUCGGGGUCAACGUGGAGCAGAUUUGGAAGCAGCCUUUCCAAGGCCUUUGAGCGCAUCAGACCUGACAGCACAGCCUCCACGACCCAGCAAACGUCAACACAUCAAGACAAAGCACCCAACAGAACACCAGAGAAAGAGACGACUCUCUCCGGGCAAGCGGAGUCUCCUCGAAACUUAGCACCGCCAACCAGUCCUGUCUCUCCUGGGAGUCCCGUCAAGGCGCGUUGCCAUCAUGUGACCAUGUCCCAGGAAGAGCUCAGCUUCACCAAGGGCUCCAUCCUGACCGUGAAGCAGCAGGUGGAUCCUGAUUGGCUGAUGUGCUCCCAGGGCGACCAAUCAGGGCUUGUCCACAUCGACUAUGUCCAGGGAAUGGAGUAAACCUACUCAAUGACAAUUCGCCAGCCUGGAGCAAUUUCGGGUGCGAACUAUAGUUAACCACAGUUCAACUAACUUCACUCGAGGGAAGGAUGGUUGGACUACUUUAGUCGACUAUUCGGAACGGGCACGGUUGCAUCCCUGGUGACCAAUAGCUGUGCACAUAAUAACUUACAGCAGAGAACCAGGAUCAGGAAGUUUUGUGAUGACAUUUUGACCAUCGUUUGACAAGAGGCGUUCUCA